AUGACUAGAUCGCAACAACGAUACCGGGGCGUUCGGCAGAGGCAUUGGGGCUCUUGGGUGUCCGAAAUUCGCCACCCUUUAUUGAAGACUAGAAUUUGGCUAGGCACGUUCGAGACAGCAGAAGAUGCAGCAAGAGCCUAUGACGAAGCAGCCAGGCUAAUGUGCGGUCCAAGGGCUAGAACUAACUUCCCUUAUAAUCCCAAUGUGUCACAUUCAUACUCCUCCAAGCUUCUUUCAGCCACAUUAAAAGCAAAAUUGCACAAAUGCUACAUGGCUUCACUUCAAAUGACCAAGCAAUCAAUGCAACACCCUCAAAGAGUUCCUCCGGUCAUCGGCAACGCUAACGAAACCAGAUUAUGGUCUCCAGAAAAUAAGUUGACGGUGUCGACGACUCCACAUGAAGAGGCGAAUUGGGUUGUUAAGAAGGAAGUACAAGUACUGGACAGCUCCUGCACACAACAGUUGAUCAAGUCACUCGAAGAAGACCAUAUUGAACAAAUGAUUGAAGAACUUCUUGAUAAUGGAUCCGUUGAGCUCUGCUCUGUUGUGCCAUCCCAGGAUAUGCAAACUAGUUCCGGUCUAUUUGUACAAAACGGUGGGAUUAAAAAUAUUUGCUUCCCGAACUGGUGUAGCUAA